AUGAAUGACUCCUCAGCUCCUUCAGUUACUUGGUCUUCUGUUGGGAAAGCCAUUCCAAUGAUAUUUAUUUCGUUGGUGGCUUUAGGUGGCAACUCUAUUGUUGUCAUCUCUGUUGCGACGAAAAAAGUCAUUCGGCGUGUGCCAGCCAAUAUAUUUGUCUUGAAUUUAGCCGUGACGGACAUUUCAGCAGGUCUUGUCUGCGUACCUCUUUCCUACAUCACCGUGCUCUGUAAUAACAAUUGGAUUUUUGGGGAAGCUAUCUGCCAAGUGGAGGCUUUUGUCAUAGUUCUGCUCUCCAACGUAACUUUGUUGACUUUGUUUAGCUUCAGCUGGUACAGAUAUAAAACCAUCACUUCUUACUAUAAAUACUCCACGCUUGAAUUAUGGAGAUUGGUAAAAUGUAUGGUGGGCGCCAUAUGGGGUGUAAGUAUCUUUUUCACCCUUCCCCCUGUGUUUGGGUGGGGCGAGUUUUAUUUCAGCUCCAGUAUUUCCACGUGCUCGCUGAACUGGUCAAAACAUAUGUCUUACAGUAUAUUAAUACUUGUGUCGCUAUUUUGUAUACCUUCGUGCCUCAUGACAGUGUUUUACUACAAGAUUAUGAAGUUUGUUCGUAAGCAUAACAAGAAUUUUCGCUCCAGUAAAGCAUGGUGUGGUGCUACCGAUAGUCAGUUGAGCUGCUCCAACCUUGAUCAAGUUGGCAAAGUGCCUGAGGUAAUAAUCAACUUUCCUGAUUCUAGCAUUCAGAGUGGUGCAAGCACACUGAUUGCCGAAACAGGAACAAUCUAUAACUUUAAGUUGCAUAUGCGAGCAGUAGGCACAACGCCUUCAACAUCUUCAGGACUGGCUCCAGUAGAAACGUUUAGCGUUAAAGACGCAACAGUCAUAGAGGACAACAACAGCCAAACAUCUCGGGUCAUUUCUCCAACUCCGUCAGAACAAUCAGGUACCGUGCGGCUCGGUAAAACGCAGAAACGACUUAAUCAACAAGAAAAGCUAGUUAAAGUAUUGUUGGUGACUAUUCUGGCAUUCAAAGUUUGUUGGUUUCCUUUCGCUGUGUAUAGCAUCCUCGAAACUCUAGACCUGCAUGCGAGUGAUUCUUCAUCGUUUCCUCUGGUGGCAGCAUGGCUGGCAUUUUCAAACACAAUCUGCAAUCCUAUCAUAUAUGCAUUCUUGAAUAAGCAGUUCAAAAUGGCAUUUAAAGAUGUACUCCGAGUACUAUGCCGA